AUGUCUUGCACCCAUAUUCAAGAUUCGGCAAUGAAAAUUGCGGCUGCUAUUAUCUAUCCGUCGAUUAUUUUGCUCAGUACAGUUGGAAAUAGCAUUGUCAUUUUGACUGUGAUACGAUCUGUUGCCAUGCGGACGAUCACUAAUUUGUUCAUUGCUAACCUGGCAGUAUCUGACCUUCUCAUGACCUUUGUAUCGACACCGUUCACUCCCUUGGCCUUCUAUAUGAAAGGUUGGAAGUUGCCAUCAGCACUGUGCCAUUUAUUGCCCAUGACAAUGGGAACAAGUGUGUAUGUGUCUACGCUAACUUCAACCGCAAUUGCUGUGGACCGUUAUCUAGUAAUUGUGCACCCAUUUGUUUCACGUAUGUCUGAAACCAUCUGUGGCUUAAUCAUAGCAUCCGUUUGGUUGUUCUCCAUUCUGGUGACAUUACCGUUGGGUAUAUAUCAAGAAAUCAAAGUGGAUCCAGUUACCAAAGAUGCAAAUUGUGAACAGUCUUGGCCAGAUAAAGGAUCACAACCGGUAAGAAAAGUCUAUUCGAUUUACACAGUGAUCACAUUCGUCCUGCAGUUUGUUGUUCCCUGUUUCAUCAUCUCUAUCUGUUAUUAUCGCGUAAGUUGUGUCCUACGUGCACGAUGCGAUUUGAAAAUUGGAUCGGGUCAAAAGAGUCGAGAACGUGAGGAAAGUGAUAUUCGAAGAAAACGUCGCACCAAUAAAAUGCUGAUCGCCAUGGUGGUCAUAUUUGUGCUGUGUUGGAUUCCUUUGCACGCACUGUGGAUUAUUGUUGACUCAGUGGGUGGUCAGAUUGAGGAAAGUUGGCAUUUCCACAACGCAUUUAUAUUUUGUCACAUGCUAGCUAUGAGCUCGGCAGUAUAUAAUCCAUUUUUGUACGCCUGGUUGAAUAAUAACUUCCGCCAGGAAUUUCAAGCAAUUCUACAGUGUCGGGGCAAAACUCAGGGUCCACGGAACAUGAAUCGCUCGGACAACCACAGCAAGAUCGUGUGUGACUUCGGAAUCAGCAUCGGUGUGAAUCAUUUGUGUUAUAGUACGAAAACAAACAUACGAAACAACUCUUAUGUCCCUUUUGGUUCGUACAUGGCAUGUUCGAUUUCUGUGGAUUGCAACUGUUAUGCGAUUGCAAAGCUAGGGUUUCGGGUCCGGACCCGGAAUAUCCUUACUUGUAACAAGAAAUCAAUGUCUUCUCUGAGUGAAUAUUCACACACCCACACACUUCUCCGCAACCGCUACAGUUAUGAUUUCUGUAAAUACGUUUACAUUUGUCUGUGUGUGUGCGGCCCCAUAGCUGUCAAAUUGUUUCUCUAUUCAUCUCUGAGUUAUAAACCUGAAAGAUACGAGAGUACGUUUUGUUCAUCCUGA